ACAGUAUUCAAGCCCUUCCCCCCCCUUCAGCAUCUUCAGCAGGACAGUGAAAAAAGCUGGAGCGGGACAACGGAUGCCAAUCGAAGGGAGACUUUACAGAAGAUGGCCUCGCCAAGAACAAUAACCAUCGUCGCCCUUUCCUUUGCACUAGGUCUCUUUUUCGUGUUCAUGGGUACAAUUAAACUCACACCCAGAUUAAGCAAAGAUGCAUAUAGUGAAAUGAAAAGGGCAUACAAGAGUUAUGCCAAGGCCCUUCCAGUGUUGAAAAAAAUGGGCAUUUCUUCUGUACUUCUACGCAAGAUUAUUGGUACUCUUGAGGUGGGAUGUGGAAUUGUUCUGACGCUUGUGCCUGGGAGACCAAAAGACGUGGCCAACUUUAUUCUGCUACUGGUUAUGCUAGCGGUGCUCUUCUUCCACCAGCUGGUUGGAGAUCCUCUAAAACGCUAUGCCCAUGCCCUGGUAUUUGGUAUUUUGCUGACGUGCCGACUGCUCAUUGCUCGUCAGGGUGAGGAUCGGCCAGAGAGGGAGGAGAGACGAGAAGAGCAGAUCAAUGCCCAGGAAAAGAACAAAGUCAAAGUUUCUUAGCUCCACAAUUUCAC